CCCUAAUCCACUUGAUGAAACAGCCAAGAUGGCGGCCCAGCGGAGGAAUCUGAUGCAGAGCCAUCAGAGCUGGACAGAUGACCUGCCUCUCUGCCAGAUGUGUGGGGUGGGCUCGGCUCCCAACUGUGUCUACGGCCCUGACGGUAAAGGCACUCAAAGCCACCCCAACGAAGAUGGACACCUACGGUUCAGGGGAGAGGACGGUUGUUUCCUGUACGGCGUGUUCAACGGCUACGACGGCAGCCGCGCUGCAAGCUACGUGUCCCAGUUCCUCACUGCCGAGCUGCUGCUGGGACAGCUCGACUCCACACACACCGACGACGACGUGCGCCGACUCCUCACGCAGGCCUUCAGUGGAGUGGAGAAGAGCUUCUUUAAGACGAUUGACGACGCGCUGGCUGUGAAGGCUGACCUCUCCAAUUACCUCCCAACACACAACGAGGGUACCGGGUACCACCAGCUGUCCCCCCAGGGCCAGAAGGUGCAGGAGCGUCUGAAGGAGCUGGAGCAGGAGGUGUCUGGAGGAGCCACGGCCGUGGUGGCCCUCAUCCUCAACAGCAGGCUGUACAUCGCCAACGUUGGGUCCAACCGGGCACUGCUGUGCAAGUCCAGCAGCGACGGGCAGAACCAGGUGCAGCAGAUCGGAAGACCUCACAACACGGAAAAUGAGGAUGAGCUGCAGAGACUGGCUGCCCUGGGUGUGGACCCAGCCAGGGUGAAGCAGGCGGGGCAGAUCGCAGGUCAGCCCAGCACCAGAACCAUCGGAGACUACCGGGUCAAACUCAACUACACAGACAUCGACUUGCUCAGCGGGGCCAAGUCUCAGCCAAUCAUCGCUGAGCCGGAGAUCCACCGCAACCAGUUGGACGGCGUGACGGGCUUCCUGCUGCUGAUGUCGGAGGGCCUCAUCAGCGCCCUGGAGUCCGCCCGCGGACCCGAGCAAGCCAAUCAGGAGAUGGUUGCCAUGGUAGCGGCGGAGCUGGCGCAGCAGAGCGACCUGGAGGCGGCGGCCCAGGCGGUGGUGGAGCGCGUGAAGCGGGUGCACCACGACGCCCACGCCUCGGGGCGCCAGCGGGCGGCCCGCUGCGCCCGCCACGAGGACAUGACGCUGCUGGUCCGCACGCUGGACUACCCGCCCUCCGACGGCCUGCUGACGCCCACGCAGGGGGGCCGCAUCUACCCGGUGUCCGUCCCCUACUCCAACAGCCAGAGCACCAGUAAGACCAGUGUCACCCUCUCCCUGGUCAUGCCCUCCCAGGGCACCCUCACCAACGGGACCAACACCGCCUCCACCGUCGAGGAGGGGACCCCCACCCCGGGCCAGAGCCCCACGGCCACCCUGCAGUCCACCAACACCCAGACCCAGAGCUCCAGCUCCAGCUCCGGGGACGGCAGCCUGUUCCGCCAGAGGGGCAGCCAGGCGGCCCAGCCGGACGAGACGGGCCGCGUGCCGCCCUACGUGGACUUCAGCCAGUUUUACCGGCUGUGGGGCAGCGACCACGCCGACACUCAGAGCACCCUCGGGCCCCAGUGAGGGGACACAAGGACGGUGGAUGGGGGGGAUUUAUGGGUGGGUGGGUGGGUGGGGGAGAGUGAUGAGACACCAAGGACUGGGAUUGGGCAGGGGUUGGAUUGUGUGGGCGGGAUUAAGGGUGAAUGCAAUUCUGGGAUGAUUGGUUGAAGUCUGCUUCCUCCAUAUUUCUUACGAAAUCCGUCCCCUGUCGCGUUGACAGAUGUGGAAUGACCUGCGAUGAAGACGGACGGAGCCCUUGGAGUUCUUCCUGGGUCAACUCGCAGGGCUGUAGUGGGUCAGGUCGGAGAACAAUGUGGGAAACAGGUUUGUGGUCUCCUUCUGGAGGAGGGUCUGCUCUGGCUUGUUGGUUGGCCAGAGCUUCUGAUCUUUUCAAAACUAUCCUUUCCUUUUUUAGCCAGGAAUAUGUGUAUUGAGCGCGAGAUGUUUAUUUCCAAAUAAAGGGUUUACAUGCAUCUUGACUUCCGACUUCCGAAGUUACCGUCUAUAUGCUGUUAUAUGAUUGACUUAACUUGUAAGUUGCUUUGGAUAGAGCGUGCUAAAUGAUUGAAUGUUAAUACGUCCACCUGGUCGGAGUCAGUAAAUAUGCAUUUGUUUGUUUUGUGGUGUACAUGCCAUUGUUCAUUGAAUUUCUAAACGUGGAACCUGGCCAAUAUCUUUUAUGAUUGGUUGUCGGGCAAGUGAAGGGGAGGGUCACGCUUCCCCCUGAACUUUCUGAUGCGACACAAUGGGACUCUUCCGCUCAGGACAAACUAAUAACCCCUGCAGGCGCGCCGUUAGCAUGCGUGCUUUACACUGCGUGUCAUCUCAACGAUAAAGGAAGAGGCAGCCUGGACACAGCUGCCCCUUAAUCUAAAUGCGCAGAGGCGAGAUACCACAACAGCUAUUAAUGACCAGAGCAGUUCCUGCAGGACUUGGAAGAUGUCUUGGCGGCAGCAGCCGCUAUCUUGUCCAGACGGCGGAUGUGGAGAGUUUAGUGUAAGCAACAGUGGAGUGUUGUAUACGAUAGCCAGUUGCACUCCCCUAAUAAACGAUAACUUGCUUGGGCUUGGCGUUGAACUACACGCAUGCUCCCACACACACACGCACAGACAAGCGCAUGUGCAGACACACACAAGCGCAUACGCAUGCAGGCAUGCACACACACUAAUAGAAAGACACACAGAGACACACACACACACACACACGUUAGGCUAAAGUGCAGAGAACAUGGAAUAAACUGUUUGUGCUCAUUUCCUUCUCCUAUUUAGUUAUAAUGAUAUGUUUGAGAAGCACUUUGAUCACGACAGGAUGAAGUAGCAGUCUUUGUGCUGCAAUCUGUUUCACCGUUAUCAGAACCCUCCCUCUCCUCACACACACAGACCCAUAAACAUCACAACCACACACACGUAUGCACACAACCAAAAUACAGACGGAUUUAAAUGGAACAAUCAAUGCCAGCAGGUCCAAAUUAUUGAUCAGUCUGUCUGUCUCUCCCUCCUAUAUGUGUAUUCAGUGCUAGGUUAUUAUUUUCAAAUAAAGGAUGAACAUGCAGCCUGAAUUCA